UUGAUUGAUAAGUUGUCUCGUCUCGGCGUUCUUGAUCAAUUCGUCUAUGCGCACGCGCCACAAUUGCGAGAAGUGAUGAUGACGAAGAUGAGGAUGGCGAUGAGAGCGUGACCUUAUCGCCUCCAGCACAGCCGUGGGUGACAUAGCUCGGAGAGACGGAGCGAGGUGGACGGACACACGGAGAGGGAAGCACACAGACACACUGGAGACGACCCGGGGGAGGAAAGUGCACGACGACGCACGCGGGGCGUCCCUCGACUGCUUCCCGUCUGCUCGCCUCCCAGAAUGUUCUGUGCUCGCGGUCCGUUCCUCCGCCACGAGAACCAGCAGCAGCAGCAGCCGCCGCCGCCGCGUCUCCACGGAGCCUGAAGCACAGAUGAUCACCCUUUCCGCCGACAUGGACGAGUCUUCGUCGUUGCUGGAUCUCUUGGAGUGUUCGGUGUGCCUGGAGCGCCUCGACACCACGGCCAAGGUGCUGCCGUGUCAGCACACCUUCUGCCGCCGCUGCCUGGAGAACAUCGUCAGCUCCAGGAACGAGCUGCGUUGCCCGGAGUGUCGCAUCCUGGUGGACUGCGGAGUGGACGAUCUCCCGGCGAACAUCCUGCUUGUUCGCCUCCUGGACGGUAUUAAGCAGCGGCCUCAGCGAGGGAGCGGUGGAGCGGGCAGCAGGCAGCCCGUGGCUGGGGGCUCGCUGCAGGGCUGUGCAGCCGGGAUAUCGGCGUCUCCCCCGGGCAGCGCCGUCAGAGAAUUGCCUAUCGCCACCCGGAGCUCUCCUGUCAAGAAUAUCCCAGCGCUGCCUUGUGGGAAAGCUCUUUACUCUUACGAGGGCAAGGAGCCAGGUGAUCUGCAGUUCGCCAAGGGUGACAUCAUCAUUCUGCGACGCAAGGUGGAUGACAACUGGUAUCACGGGGAGUUGAAUGGUUGCCACGGGUUCCUACCUGCGAGUUACAUCCAGUUGCUGCGUCCCCUGAGCCAGACUCCGCCCCAAGGCAAAGCAUUGUACGACUUUGAGGUGAAAAAUAAAGACCAGGAUAAAGACUGCCUGGCAUUCAGCAAGGAUGAAGUCCUGACGGUAAUCAGGAGGGUUGAUGAAAACUGGGCAGAAGGCAUGCUGGGAGACAAGAUUGGUAUCUUCCCCAUUCUCUAUGUGGAGUUAAAUGAAACGGCAAAGCAGUUGAUGGAAAUCGACAAGCCGACGACAAUAACCAGUGUUCCGGGUCCAAGCUCGGAGCCGUCGCCUUUGGGUCCCUGCUCUCUUGGACCCUCCCCGAGCACGUCGCCUUCUAAUGGCAACGGCUCGGCACAUCGGCGAGGAGAAGGGAAGAAAAACGCUAAGAAGAGGCAUUCGUUCUCAGCUCUGUCUGUCACCCAGCGAGCUGCACAGCUCAACAACAGACACAGUAUGGAGAUCUCCCACCCAGUCCUCAUCAGCUCCUCUGACCCAAGGGCCGCAGCACGCAUCCAGGAUGCAUCAUCCCCUGGUCCCUCCCCCUCUUCGACAGGGGUACUGGUACCCCCAAAGGUGGCAUCUAUAACCUCUGAGCUAUUGGCCCAUGCUAAGGUGCAGCUGCCUCUCAACAUCUACCUUGCGCUUUACGCCUACAAGCCCCAGAAGGCUGACGAGCUUGAACUAAGGAAGGGGGAGAUGUACCGGGUGACAGAGAAGUGUCAAGACGGAUGGUUCAAAGGCACCUCACUGAGAACGGCGGCGUCAGGCGUCUUCCCGGGAAACUACGUCACCCCCGUGUCCAGGGCUACAUUUGGAGUUGGUGCCACCAGGGGCUCAUGUUUGUCCAGUCCUGGGAAUGGCGGAGGAGGAAAAAUUUCAGACCCUUCUUCUCCAGGAUCCCCGGGGCCCUCUUCGUCCCGUCCGACCACGCCGCUGAUCAACUGUGUCAGUCCCGCUUCGUCGCCUCAAACAGCAGCCGCACAGCUAAAGAACUGCUUGCGUUCCAGUCAGCAUUCAGUCAACCAGACGCGCACCUCAAUGCAGCUGGUCCAUAGUUCUCCUGCUGGAAGCCCAGAGCGCCCCGCGGUGGCGAUAUCAUCCCUGCGCUCUCAGAGCUCCUCGCCUUCACGUUGCUCCGGCCAAUCCGGACGCCCUCUCUCAAUGACAUCUCCGGGGUCCAGUUUGGGGCCUUCUCCACUGUCGUCCCCCGCCUCACGGCCCCACCUGCCCUUGUCAUCUCCUCUUUCCUGCCUCACACCACCCAACGUAUCAGCAGUGCUACUCAACGGGGAGGCGACCAUCCCCUUGCAGCCGCCAUCGCCAGGUCCUUCUCAUGCACCUACGCAGUGCAUCCUUGCCCCCAAACCAGAGAAGAAGGAGAGAAAAGCAGGAGGUUUGUUGAAACUCCUAUCCGGAGCGGCGGCAAAGAAGAAACCUCGCUCACCUCCCACCUCACCACCCACCCACGACCCCUCAUCGCCCGGCCAAGGCGCCGAUCUCACCCAUCACCCUCACCACCACCAUGCCCGCUCCGGGUCAUGUCCCAUGGUCUCCCAAGGGCGGGCGGGCUCGUGUCCCGUCGAAAUUGAUAUGGCCGGGGCUGUGGGGCUUGAGCCACUGCACAGGAAGUCGGGUUCCUUGGAUACCAACUUUCCCAUGUCACCCCCGCCAACGCGAGCCAGCAGUGUUCUUAUGGUGCUUCGGCCUGAACCUAAGCCCCUAUCCAGGGAGAGGUACCGAGUGGUGGUGCCAUACCCACCUCAGAGCGAGGCGGAGAUCGAGCUUCGCGAGGGAGAUGUGGUGUUUGUCCACAAGAAGCGCGAUGACGGCUGGUACAAAGGCACCCUGCAGAGGACGGGACAGACCGGUUUGUUUCCCGGCAGCUUCGUGGAGAGCUUUUAAAAAGGCACACAAAAUCAUUUGGCUUGUUAUUGGCUUUUCCAGCCUGCCUUAAGGAGUUGUUAAGUCAUUGGCUAACAUUGACGGCAAAGGCCAUUAAAUCCCUUUGAACUAGAAGGGCUAGAAGUAAUGACCAAUUUAAUAAAGAUAGGAUGAAAAAUACAAAGCAAUUUUGACACUUUUGACAGUUUUGUCACUUAAAUACAUCUGAAUGAAAACCGUUUUCUAAAUCUUUCUAACAAAACUAGCAUACAGUGGUAUGAACAAGUAUCUGAACCUUUUGGAAUUUCUCACAUUUCUGCAUAAAAUCACCAUCAAAUGUGAUCUGAUCGUUGUUAAAACCACACAGAUGAAAAAACAGUGUCUGCUUUAACUAAAACCACCCAAAAAUUUAUAGGUGUAAAUAUUUUAAUGAGGAUAGUAUGCAAACAAUGACAGAAGGGGGAAAUAAGUAAGUGAACCAUUGUAUUUAAUGUUUUGUGGUCCCCCCUAUUGCAGCAUUAACUUCAACCAGACGCUUCCUGUAGCUACAGAUCAGUCUGGCACAUCGAUCAGGACUAAUGUUGGCCCAUUGUUCUCUACAAAACUCCUAUAGUUUAGUCAGAUUCCUGCAUGAUGUCUGGCAUGAAUCACUGUCUUUAGGUCAUGCCAUAGCAUCUCAAUGGGGUUCAAGUCUGGAUUUUGACUUGAAGACUCCAGAAUGCGUAUUUUGUUCUUCUGAAACCAUUCUGAAAUUGAUUUACUUCUGUGUUUUGGAUCAUUGUCUUGUUGCAGCAUCCAUCCUCUUUUUAGCUUCAACUGUCUGACAGACGGCUUCAGGCUUUCCUGCAAAACAUCCUGAUAAACUUUUGAAUUCAUUCUUUCAUUAAUGAUUGCAAGUUGUCCAGGGCUUGAGGUAGCAAAACAGCCCCAAAUCAUGAUGCUACCUCCACCAUGCUACAUGGUGGGGAUAAGGUUUUGAUGUUUGUGAGCUGGUCCAUUUUUCCUCCACAAAUGACGUGUGUUACUCCUAAAAAAUUCAACUUUGGUUUCAUCAGUCCACAACAUAUUUUGCCAAAACUUCUGUGGAGUGUUCAAGCGCCAUUUUGUGAACAUUAAAUGAGCAACAAUGGGUUUUUUUUGGAUAGCAGUGGCUUCCUCCGUGGAGUCCUCCCAUGAACACCAUUCUUGGCCACAGUUUUACAUAUAGUUGAUGUGUGCACAGAGAUAUUGGACUGUGCCAGUGAUUUCUGUAAUUCUUUAGCAGACACUUUAGGGUUCUUUUUACCUAUAUGAGUAUUCUGCGAAGAACUCUUGACAUCAUCUUUGGUGGAUGGCCACUCCUUGGGAGAGAAGCAACAGUGCCAAACUCUCCAUUUGUAGACAACUUCUCUGACUGUCGAUUGAUGAACAUCCAGAGUUUUAGAGAUGGUUUUGUAUCCUUUCCCAGCUUUAUACAAAUCAACAAUCCUUGAUCGCAGGUCUUUUGACCGACCUAUGAUGCACAUUAGACAACACUUCUCAUCAAGACAAUUCCUACCAGGUGUGUGUUUUAUAGUGGGCAAGGCAGCUUUAAACCACUCAUCAGUGAUUGUGCACACUCCUGACUUAAAUUGUUUGAUAAAACUUGGUUUCAAUUUUUACAUCUGAGUGAUUUUGACAAAGAUCAGAUUUGAUGGUGAUUUUAUGCAGAAAUGUGAGAAAUUCCAAAAGGUUCAGAUACUUUCUCAUACCACUGUACCUAAAAUAUCAGUUUAGUGAGCAUUUUUUGCAUUUCAGUCCAUUUAAUCCAAUGGAGGAUAUAUCAAUCCAGGUCGAUGUAUCAGUACUUUCCUAGUAUUCACAGUCAACCCACUGUUCAAAUGGAUUGGACGUCUACUGUUGUCAAUUUGCAGCCAGUGAGUUAACCUUCCCAUGUUUUUUUUAAAAGACACAACAAUUGGAGUUUCGGUAACAAGAUUCUAAGGAUCUAUAGGAAAGGCAGCAGCACAAGACGUCUUCAGAGGUUUGUCUCAAUCCAGCACACGUUCACCAGAAAAAAGGAUAAGCCCUCUUUUGUCCGGGAAAACUCCACAUCACAGCGGCCCUUCUGGGUCCCUACUGAGGGCACACAUCCACACUUACUCUAAAAGCACACCAAGAAAGCUUCCCAGGUGUCGUCCACCAGCACAACAAGCAUCAGCUCGGCUUCAAACUGCGACCUCAGAACUUUUCUCUGGUGCGUUCUUUCUUUGCAAAGACCCAAACCAGGAUCAUUGUGUUUGUGGCAAUAAGCGCACAUUUCUUUUUUUCUUUUUUUCUUUUUUUUUUUUUUAAACUCAAUAUGUGUUGAUGACAAAUGCGUGUAGCCUUGUUUUCCUCCUUUUUUAAUAUAUAAAUGUUAAGUUUGAUAUUUGUGUUGUCCCAAACUGUGAUCUGUCACUGGAAUUGUUUGUACUUAAAAAAAGAGAGAAACACAACAAAGGUGCAACAAGUAAUUUGAUCUUUUUUAUAUUUAUUGAUUCUGAAGUCUCUUUAUCGUUCUAUUUAAUGUUUCCUUCAUACACACGGUGGCUUCAAGUUUGAAAAAAUGGCUUGCUGAAUGUAACAAAAAAAAGUGAUUCAAAGUCUUCGGGUGGUUCAUUUCUAUUGAUAAUGUUGUGUUUUGUGUGUGAUGGAAGCAGAGAUGAGAUUGCACUUAGUGAGAUUUUAAACACCCGAACAUUAUUGCUGCUCUCUAGGGUCAACAGCUACCUUGGAAGAAAGAAAAAUCCCCAAAUUCUCUUUAGAGCAUAGCAGUGUAAAAAAAUUGAGGCAAAGAAACAGAAAGUGUCAACAGAAGCUUUUCAUUCACUGACUGCCAAACCUUUGACAGCAGCUCUGAUCUUAUUGAUAUUUUUGUACAAGGCUUCGGUGCGUGUAAAGUCUGCUUUAUGAAUUUCUAUGUUUUGAGGGGCGGUUCGAGCUAGUUUACAUCUGUCACACUAUCUACCUUUUCCGAGAUAAGAAGCACAGCCAAACUGACUCACUUGGUAUGUGUGUGUGCGCGUGCGUGCGUGUAGUGUUGUGUUACAUUUUGGUUCAGGUUCUGUUGAUGGUGAGAAGGGAAGGGCUAAAAAGGACUAUAGAAUGUGCAUCCUCAGAGGGAUGCUAGUGUAAAGUGUGAGUGAAGCAGAUUUUUAAUCGUGGCCGUAGGAGAAGCUCAUUGAUUGGGUGAGUACACGUUUUUUUUAGUGCUUUCUUUUUUUUGUUUUGUGUUUUUUUACAUGACCUACAUGUAAAUGUUGCCAUGGUUAUUAACCCUUUCAGGAACAAUGGUCACCACAGUUAUUCAAAAGUUGACACAUAAGUUAACCCUUUGUAGGGAAGGUCACUAUUUUAGUCACUUAAAAAAACUGAAAAUAUUUUUCAUUAUUAUUGUAUUUUUUUAGAACUAUAAAUAUAUUUCUAAAUUAAUACAGCGUCAAUAAAGCAGAACUACACACUGGUUAGUUACAACCACAAUGAACACUAUUGAGAUUUUUUUCCCAUAGUAUUUAAUAAGGAUAAACGUAGUAUUUAAUAGGGAUGAACGUUAUUGAAAAAACUUACAUUAUGACUUAUUAGGGGUUUGCGAUAUAUUGCGAUAUACACUCACCGGCGAC